AUGGACCCACACGGGAUCGAUCGCGAGGCACUCAUCUCCAAACGCUUGGAGCCCGAGAUCGAGGUGCACACCGUGCAAGAGUCCGACGCCGAUGAUUCAUCCGCAGAGGUCGAGCAGCCUCGAGUGCGUGUGGGAGGAAAGAACAUCACCGCUUUGCUCGUCAGCAAGAAGCGACGGGUGCAGGAGGAUGAGGAUGGCAACGACGCACCGGCGGACGACGAAGCGUCAGACGAGCUUGUGGAGGAACCGAACAAGUCUCGAUCGAGCAAGGGCAAGCGUCGCGCGGUCGAAGCAUCUUGCGAUUGCGACGACGGCGAACAUACUGAUUUCUGUCCCAUGCGAGGCGCCGACGCCGCCAUCGUCUUUGGCCGACCUCCAAAGACGCCGACGCUUUCGCACUCGGAACCGAUGUUCAGCGCCUCGUCACUCUCGCCACGCCCGACGCACUACUUCCUCAGCUCCGGCCCCGACAUGGUGCUGGCGCCAUCGCCGCAAGCUUCGCCUUCACCUCGUCGACGCUCGCACCCUUCGCACCCUCACAGCCCCGCAAACGCCACUGUAUCGGUGCCUGUCACCCCGCAGUUCAACCAACCGCGAGCCGAUUACUCGCCUCGAUCACCCUUGUUCUAUCGCGGCGCUCGAAUGCGCAUGAUGAGCGGCCAGUUCGAGGAUCCCAGCCAGGCCCACCACACGACCGGCGGCUGGACCGCAGGUUGGGACGGCACGAAUUUUGGCUACGAAGACCCCAACAGCUUCCCCGCCAUCUCGUUCCAGUCCAGCGAGGAGGACGAAUGGCACGAUCUUACCUUGACGCCGACCCGAGCCCUCGGUUCCUCCUCGUCCUUCAGCUGGGCCGAGACGAUGCUUUCGCCGAAUGCUUCGGGCCGCCGUUCACGCUUACCUUCCGGUGUCCCGCUCAUCGGUGCGACGUCGGCCUCGCAAGACUUCCUCGGUGCUCUGCACCACGAUCGUGUUCCUUCGAAUGGGGCCUUCAGCGCGACGAUGGCUUCGCACGUCGCCCAGCGCCUGUUCAGCGCGACAUCGCCGACGCAGUCCCACCAGCAUCUUCCAGGCCAGACAUCAUCAGGCUACUCUUCGUCCGCGUCGCACCAAUCGGCGCUGGGCCACCACCGGGUGUCUUCGACGCCGUUCUCGGCGCGACAGCACGGUCGCUCGACCAGUCACCGACGCGCGCCUUCGUCGUCCUCUUGGCUUCAUCCAGACUCGGUGCUGGCCCCGGCCCCGAUCAUCGAAAAGACCCGCGGCGAGCCUUUCUCGCCCUCCCCAUCGGCGGCUUCCGACAGCCCGGCGAACUUGCGUGGGUUGUCCUCGACGCCGAUGCAGGUCAGCUCGAGCGCACCCGUGUGGCCGACGACGCCGAACCAGCACGCACUCAGUUCGGGCAUGGCCAAGAGUGCCAGCGGCCACGAGAUGGACUUCGUCCAUUCGUCGAUGAUGCUUGACGGUGAGUUAGUUGGUAGUUCCGUUUCCCUUUCUCUCGUCGAGUAUAGGAGCUGACUCUCAAAUCCCUGUUCGCCCGCUAGAUUACAUGAUGUCAUGA